CAAUGUUGUUUGAUGACCCACGAAUUUCCGUCCAUUUCCCUGGGAUUUGGCAGGCGGGUCAGCUGAUAGCGAGUCUUGUUUUUCGUUAAUUUCAUCGAAUUUUGUGCAGCAAUGGCCCCAAAAAUUAGCACCCCCGUCGUUUUUCGACACAUCCUGAAGCGAAAUUUUGCUGCUGAAGCUGCUCCUAAGUAUAUUGAAAACACCGUCUCCAGCAAAACUUCUGUCACACCCACUAAGAUUCUUGUAGCCUCCAGCGCACCAGAUUCUCCAAUUGCAGAAGUUUCCAUCUCUUUCAAGGCUGGAGCCAGAUACGAGCAUGGCGAAUCUUUGGGGAUCAACCAUGUGCUACGUUCUGCUUUUGGUCUUGCCUCUGAGGAAGUUUCCAACUUCGGUUUAACAAGACACAUUCAACAAUUAGGCCUCAACUUGUACGCCACAACUGAUCGAGAAGUCAUUUCCUAUACUCUGCAAGGAAACAAAGAUAAAAUCGAGGAGGGUUUCAAGUUUCUGCUCAGUGCCGCCACCAAACAAGCGUUUAAUCCCUGGGAAAUUGCGGAUAACAAUGAUAGGUUGCGUUAUGAUCUCCUGACCAUCCCGCCACAGGCUAGAGCUUUGGACUUGGCACACAAAGCAGCCUUCCAGUACGGAUUAGGAAACUCUCUCUAUGCUGACCCAAAUGCUAUUGGACACUUCGAUUCUGAAACGCUCCAGCACUAUGUCCAAAACAACUUCACAGCUAACCGAGCUUCCGUAACAGGAGUUGGAGUUAAUCACGAUGCUCUGGUUGAAAUAGCAAAUGCUCUGCCAAUCACCAGUGGCCCUCCUCCGUCAGCUCCGAAAUCAACAUUCUUUAGUGCAGAGGAAAAGUACUACACACCCUCCAAUACUGUCUUUGCUGCCAUCGUCAGCGAGGGUAUCGGUUUGAACUCCAAAGAAGCUUACGCUUUUGCUGCUUUGAAAUAUGCUAUCGGAGCUGGACCUCAAAUUAAAUACGGGACUGGAGUAAGCCCAUUCUCAAAGGCAGUCCAGUCUUUCAAGCAUCCUGUUGGCAUCUCUGCUUUUAACAUCAGUUACUCUGAUGCUGGAUUGUUUGGUGUUGCUUUUGUCACCCCUGGACAGCAAGCUGCUGAGGUUGCUAAAGCAGCAGUCAAAGUGUUGAAGUCAGGCAAUGUGAGCGCUGACGAUGCAAAACGAGGAAUCAAUCAGCUUGCGGCUGCUGUUUUACUAGAAUCGGAACCAAAGACCGCUGUCAGCGAAGACCUUCGCUCACAAGUCACAGCUCUUGGUGCUGUCCAGGACCUUGGCAGCGUUGUCAAGGCUAUCACAGCUUUGUCCCCAACUGAUGUCCAAAAUGCUGCUAAAAAAGUCGGAAGUGGAAAAUUGGCUUUGGGUGCUGUUGGUAAUGUUGGUUCUCUUCCACACAUCAGUACAUUAGGCUAAAUAAAAGGUCUAACCUUGAAGUAUAAAAACUAGUGUCAUCCAGCUUCUAGAACUGUGUAAAUAUUAUGAUGUUGUUUCCUAUUUAAGUGCAUCGCAUUGUAAGUAAAUUUGUGAAUUACUCAUCAAGAGAUCUUUUGUUUUUAUCCAGCAACCUGUUGAUAUAAUUAAAAUUACUGUUAAAUACGUU